UUGACUUUUAGGGAAGUCAGUAAAAACAAUGGCUUUCCUAUGGAACGAAAGGCAAGAUAUUUUUUUCAACACUAAUAAUUUUGAUGUCGAAACACCAAUUUUGACACUGGAUGAAGAGACAUUGAAUUUAGCAAAUGAGGACAGUGAAAGUUUUGAUUUGAACGGCCACGUGUAUUCCAAUGGAGAACUAUUCCCAGACUACUUUACAGAAGAAUCACUUCACAAUGAGCUUAGUGAUAGUUCAGACAGCGGGAUAGGAUCAGCCAAUACCCCUGAUGGUAAUUGGCCACUAGCUGAGGUAAUUAAACUCGAGCCACAAUCUCCAAUCUUCUGUAGCUCAGAUUGCAACGUUUCCGUCAAAAGUGUCAUACAGCAACCAGUUCAGAAUAUGGUAACAUCUCAAAUAGAUAGACCUACAACUCAAACACAAAAUCAGUCUAAUCAUUUAGAGGGCACACAAACAUAUGCAACUGUCAUCAUUCCACAGAGAAAAUCAUUAAACAUCAAUUCCAUCAUGGAUUCUAAAGUGAAAAUAAAACCAAAACCAGUAGCACAGAGUGAUUCAGGAAUUUUUAUCACAAAUAUAGAAAGUUCUUCACUCCAACAUGGUCAAGUGGUAAAUAAAGGAUCGAUCCAGCAUAGCCACUUCAGUGCCUUGAAUCAUGUUCAGAUGGACAGUGAAUUAAAAACAUUGAAACGUCAACAGCGAAUGAUUAAAAACCGAGAAUCUGCUUGUUUGUCAAGAAAACGUAAGAGGGAUUAUCUUAAACAGCUUGAAGAGCAGUUGCAUGAAUGCAGUGUCCAAAAUGAGAAACUUAGAGAAGAAAAUGAUUUGCUAAAAGAAAGAAUAAGAGAGUAUGAAACAGAAAAUGUAAAUCUUAAAAGAUCAUUACCACUGACUUCUGCAAAGAAAAUUUGUUUAAUGGGAGUGUUUAUGAUCUUGUGCGUGAAUUUUUUCUCUGGCAAAUUGUCUUUGAUACAUGAUGGGCAACAAAUACGCAGUGCAGAAAAAUUACCAAGUUACAAAGGAAGACAACUUCUAUCAUAUCCAGAUGGUGAGAAAAAUCAUUUUAAAUCAUCCAUUCCAAAGGACAGUCAACAAAAGGUAAAGCAGCUUUUUGUUGAUGAUGAGAGUGAGUUUGCAGCAAACAAAAGUGAAGUCAACUGUGCAUCAUAUUUUAAUCAAACUGAAUCAAUAAAGUUAGCUGAACAGCUGUCAGGUUGGAUGCAGCGAUUUAAACUUGAAAAACAGAAAAGCUCAACAAAGAAAUUGAGAAAACAGAGAAAAAAUCCUCAUUCCAGUUACUUUCAGUCAUCAAUAAGAGGACAAAUCCAGAAAUUUUCAUCAAAGUACUAUGAAAGUCAGUACCAGGUACAGCUCUUCAAUUACACUCGUCAAGAAGAUUUUUGGCAAAUCAUAUCAAGGAGAAAUGACACAUUUUAUGUAAUGUCCUUCAAUACAGAUUAUUAUUUAGUACCAGCUACUCUGCAGAACAGAAAUAAAAGACCAAGAAUAUCAUUAUUUAUGCCAGCUCUUACUCUGAAUGACACAGUCAAACCUCCCGUUGGAAAAAUUGGCAUGAUUCAAAUAGACUGUGAAGUCCUAAAAACAAAAUUGGUCCAUGUGAGGAAGUCAUUACUUCCAUUGCAAGAAUUUCAACAAAAUGUGCCAUUAUUUUCACAAUAUAACAACUGAUUUAAUAUAUUAAUUAUACUUUGGAAAUUUUUGUCAGAGACUGAGUAGUGGAUUCUUUAAAAAAUGUCAUUGAUGUGC